UCCACGCUCCCUCUAUAUGUAUCUCAGUCUCUUUCUCUCUCCUCCAUACUCGAAGAACCCAUCGAAAAACCUCUCAAACUAAACUACCACUAAGCAGCAGGCAAUCCUCAAAGUGAAUUACAAACAAACAAUGGAAGGAGUGACAGUGAAGCUUGAAGAAGAGAUCACAUUACUGUCAUGCACUGCAGCUUCAUCUUCUUCAUCACAAAAAAGCUUGUCAUCGCCGCAACCAAUGGAGGGGCUAAAUGAAGUGGGCCCACCUCCAUUCCUGACCAAGACCUUUGAAGUGGUUGAAGACCCAUCAACUGAUUCUGUGGUCUCGUGGAGCAGAGCUCGAAACAGUUUCAUUGUUUGGGACUCUCACAGAUUUUCGACUUCUCUGCUUCCCAGGUACUUCAAGCACAGCAAUUUCUCUAGCUUCGUCCGCCAGCUCAAUACAUAUGGUUUCAGAAAAGUGGAUCCAGAUCGAUGGGAAUUUGCUAAUGAAGGGUUCCUGGGAGGACAAAAGCAUCUCUUGAAGACAAUUAAGAGAAGAAGAAAUGUCUCACACAGCAUCCAACCUCAAGGAGGCGGCCCUUGUGUUGAGUUAGGCCACUAUGGCGUGGAAGAAGAGUUUGAAAGACUAAAGAGGGAUAAAAAUAUGUUAAUGGCGGAAACUGUGAAGCUAAGACAGCAGCAGCAGAAUUCAAGAGAUCAGAUAAAGGCAAUGGAGGAAAGAAUUAAAAGCACGGAGAGGAAGCAACAGCAGAUUAUGAGUUUUCUAGCCAAAGCCUUUAGUUAUCCUACCUUUCUGCAGCAAUAUGUGGACAAAUAUACGGACAGAAAGGAACAGGAGCGCAUUGAAAUUGGGCAGAAACGCAGAUUAACUACAAGCCCGAGUGUCGAGAAUUUGCAAGAAGUGGUAUCGGUUGCAAUGAGUAGUGGUCAAGCUCUGAAUUACACAAGCCAAGAUCAAGAAGAGCUGGCAAAUAUUGAGACAGAAAUAGAGACCUUGUUCUCGGCUGCAUUGGAUGAUGAAUCAAGCACUGAUAUCAAUGAUUCAAAGGCAAGUGGGACCAACUUAGAUCCAGUCAGUGAGACUAUUUGGGACAAGAUGAUCAGUGAAGGUCUAAUGGGUGGCAGUGAAGAGGAACAAAUUUUGGUGGAUGAUCAACCGGAAGUUGAAGUGGAAGUUGAGGGUUUGGUUGCCAAUAUACCAGAUUGGGGUGAGGAUUUACAAGAACUGGUGGAUCAAAUGGAAUAUCUCAGGUCAGCAUUCUGAAGAUGGGCAUCAUGCUGAUGAAAUGGUUUCAAGUAUUGUGGUGUCUUGAAUUGGUCCCUGCAAUUACAUCCCUGUUCCUAAUGGAAGGGUGAAGUUGCAACGAGGCCAAGAAAUUUGCACUUGUGUAUCCUUUGAUUAUAUCUAUUUAUUUAAUUGUUUUUUAAUAAUUAUUUUGCACUUAAUUUUGAGAAAUGUCUACUUGAGAUUAUGUUGUUUCUCAUUUUGCAGACGGAAUUGUCAAGAAAAAAUUGUGGAGAGGGGUCCAAAUCCUUGAUUGAUUUGUGAAGCCAUCAUUCCUCUCAUUUCAAGGAAGUUAGUCCUCACCCUGUUACACUCCAGUAGGAGCUCUAUGUAAAUUUUGGGUCCCAACACAUACUAGUUUUGCCCGGUGAAGAAUUUGUUGAUCUAAUGGUGGUGGGCGGCUGGAUCAUUAAUGCUGGUAUUUGCUGAAGAACUUUGGUUUGUGGAUGUUUAAUGGUAGGGCAAACUUCAAUUUACCUUCCUGUAGUAUACCACAAAUGCACGUUGCUCCCUAUGAUUUAAAAUUAUACCACAAGUGCACAUUGCUCCUUAUGAUUUAAAAUUAGUUGUGCUACUUAGACUGCACAACUAAUUUCUUGAUGACAAAAAUGGUCUUGUAUUGUUUGUGAAAUUACAAAAUACUUUAUAUUGUUCAUCAUCUUCAUCCUUCUGACUGUGUAUCCUCUCUCUCUCUCUCUCUCUC